AUGACCUGGUUGGACUUUGUUAAUGUGUUCAACAGGAAGUACUACAGUGCCGCCAUACUGGCUGCAAAAGAAGAUGAGUUUAUGAAUCUGAGGCAGAACAAUCUCACUGUCACGGAGUAUGCUAGGCAAUUUGACCGUCUGGCAAAGUUUGCACAAGAGAUCGUACCAACCGAGGCCCUUCGGGUCAAAAGGUUUUUGAAGGGGAUGAACCCCAUGAUAAAAAAAGAUUUGAAAAUCAUGGUGGGGACCAACACAGUUUAUGCUGAGGUGUUAGAGAAAGCUCUCGAAGCUGAGUUGCUCGAAAAUGAUAUAAAGAAGGAGAAUGCUGCUAAGUGGGAAGCCCGAAGAAACAAUGGAGGAAAUCAAGAGAAUAAGAGAAAACACGAGGGAAAUCACGGUAAUGAUCGUGAUAAAAAGGGGAAAGCAGUGGUCCAAAAUAACAACAAUGGGGUGAAAAGGUCCUAUGUAGAAUUCCCAAUUUGCCCCACAUGCAAUAGAAAACAUCUUGGGGAGUGUAAGAUGAAGUCAGGGGUGUGCUACAAUUGCGGGCAGCCAUGCCAUCUGAAGAAAAAUUGCCCAAAGGGACAAAAGAAGGAGAACCAAGCCGCUCCCGCUCGAGUGUUUGCUCUCACCAGAGGAGAAGCGGCCACAAGCAACACUGUUGUCUCAGGUCAGGUUUCUAUUUACGGAUUGCCUUGUAAUGUUCUCUUUGAUUCUGGAGCUACUCAUUCUUAUAUAGCUACUAGGUUGAUUGAUAGUAUAGAUAAGCCAUGUGACCUACUUAGAUGUGGUAUUGUAACGGAAUUACCCUCGGGAGAAACCAUGCUAUCAACAAGAAGAAUGCGAGAUGUACCUAUCAUAAUCGAAAGCAAAGAACUCAUGGGCGACCUAAUAGAGCUGGGAAUAAAGGAAUAUGAUGUUAUACUUGGGAUGGAUUGGCUAUCUAGUCACGGUGCGACAAUCAAUUGCCGAAAGAAACUGAUCGUUUUUGAAACAAAGGCUGGGGAUCGGUUUAUAUUCAAGGGCGACAAGCUAGCCCUUAGGACUCCAUUAAUCUCUUCCCUGAAAGCUAGUCAGCUAAUGAAGGCGGGAUGCAUGGCAUUCUUGGCCAGCGUAGUGGAUCGAGCAAUAGAGACGCAACUAAAUGUGGAGAACGUGCACAUAGUCUGUGAAUUUCCAGAGGUCUUUCCAAAAGAUCUGCCGGGACUACCUCCAGACAGAGAGGUGGAGUUCAUCAUCGAAUUAGCCCCAGGGACUAAUCCAAUUUCAAAGGCUCCAUACAGAAUGGCACCUAAUGAGUUAAAAGAGCUUAAAAUACAACUACAGGAGCUCUUAGACAAAGGGUUCAUUAGACCGAGUUACUCACCUUAG